CCUCCCAGAGCCCGCCCAGGCGGGGCGAGGCCACGCCCCCUCCCGGCGGUCGCGCGCGCGCCCCUUGUCCGCCGCCGCCCGCUUCCUGCUGCGUCCGCGCGCCCGCCCCGCCCGAGCAGCGGCCGCAGCCCCGGCCGGGCCCAGCGGGGAGAUGAACACGGUGCUGUCCCGGGCCAACUCGCUCUUCGCCUUCUCGCUGAGCGUGAUGGCGGCGCUCACCUUCGGCUGCUUCAUCACCACCGCCUUCAAGGAGCGCAGUGUGCCCGUCCGCAUCGCCGUCUCCCGGGUCACGCUAAAAAAUGUAGAAGAUUUCACUGGACCUAGAGAAAGAAGUGAUCUGGGAUUUGUCACAUUUGACAUAACUGCAGAUCUGCAGAGUAUAUUUGAUUGGAACGUUAAACAAUUGUUUCUAUAUCUGUCCGCAGAAUAUUCAACGAAAAACAAUGCCCUAAAUCAGGUAGUCCUUUGGGACAAGAUCAUGUUGAGAGGAGAUAACCCAAGGCUGUCCUUAAAAGACAUGAAGUCAAAGUACUUUUUCUUUGAUGAUGGAAAUGGUCUCAAGGGAAACAGGAAUAUCACCUUGACUCUCUCCUGGAAUGUUGUACCAAAUGCUGGCAUUCUACCUCUUGUAACAGGAUCAGGACAUGUGUCUGUACCUUUUCCAGAUACCUAUGAAACAACAAAAAGUUAUUAAAUUAUAGUACUGAAUCAUAAGCAAAAUAUUUUUAUACUUGUAUAUUGUGGAUACAUUUUACUGGAGUUUCUUCUUACAUCCCAUGCAACUUUUCAGUGAAAGGAACCUAAUUUCCUCAGGCAAGUAGCAUAGGAAAAGGAAAUGAAAAUUCAGGUGGUGUUUUGUUGGGGUUCUUUUGGUUUUUUUAGUUGGUUUGUUUUUUUUUUUUUAAUAAAGCAUUGAAGCUGAAACUUAAGGGAAGGGUAAACUGCAGAGUAAUGGUUUUGAGAGAAUUUGAGGAUUUUUUUCCUGGCCAUUUAAGUAUAGAUCUUCUUUUCUUUUAAAUAAAUAUUUUCAAACCAGA